AUGGCGAAUUCGACCAGAGUGCUUCUGAAAGUUAUUGUCGCUGUAACAGGUAUUGCGUUAUGUUACGCACAACAGUCGGAAAUACGGGUCAGUACGUACGAGAUUCGUGAGACCGUAUACGGCGAUACCGUGGGUCUGAUGUGCAACUACGAAUAUCCUGACUACUACAAGGAGAAUGUGAUAAUCACGUGGCUGUUCCAACCAGCGGACGCAAAUGAAGAGAUUGUCAUUAUGAGUAAAACUGACGACAACGAGCCGUUGUAUUACGGGCCUUUCGGUAACAGAAUCGAACACACGGGGUCACGUGGCGACAUUCUCAUUCAUCAGGUGACGUUAAAAGAAGACGGUUUGUACACUUGCGAAGUCAACUUUUAUUUGUCAAAGGCGUAUGGUGAAGGGGACACAGAGUUAAUUGUGUAUUAUAUGGUGGAAUUUAUUGAUAUUCUCAAAUAUAAUGCUGGUGAUUACGUAUGGGCACCUCCAGGGGAGCCUAUUUCAUUCGACUGUGAGGGAACACGUGGCAAACCGAUAGCAGAGCUUAAUUGGUACUUGAGUAAUGAGAAAGUGCCACCAGAGAGUGAAUCUUUUACUGAAAACGAUGACGGAACGUUCGAUUCAUACAGCACAGUGGUGAUCGUACCGACACUGUCUGACCACAAUGCGGUCCUCAAGUGUGAAGGAUUCCAAGAUACCCGAUUGUUGGAAUGGAAACGAAAAUAUGAGUCUGUCGUUUUAAAUACCAGUGGUGUAGCAAAGAAAGUCGUCAGUUUUGUUUUGAUUAUUUCAACAAUAGCACUUAGUUCACUUUUUGUGUGACGAAACGCGUAGACUCGAGAUGAAAGUUCUCUAUAGUUUGUUCAGAUCAUAUUUUAGUUGCUUCUAUAUUCACAACUAGAACGCUGUAUUCCAAAAUUUGAAUCAAAUCAACAUUCCCCCCCCCCAGUCUGUCAAGAACUCCACCAAUCACCAUGGUAUAAAAGAGGAUUUAGUUAUGACUAGCUUGUGUUCUGCCAGAUGGGAAGAGUAUGUUAUGCAGCUAACAUCC